AUGGAUCAAAAUAGAAGCAGACUGAGCUUGCAGUUACUUGCAAAUUCUGGGGGAGCCUUCUUUGAACAUGAAAUGUGGAGAGGAAAUACCAAAGAGAAAAUCAGGUGUGGAGAAAGGGCUGUUUGAUGGCAACUGAAAGAAAAUAGAAAUGUGGAACCAGAGCGUAUGUGUUACAGACAUGUAGAGAAAAGGCAUCGUGAAGACCUCUUAAAUAGCAAAUGCUAAGAUCUAAAAUCAUAGUGACACUGGAAGGCACCCAUGUGCUGUUUUAAAUCACUUCAUGCAGAUGACUGCAAUAAGGUUUCUGCCCACAGCCAAAAGGUGGUUUUAAGGGAAAAUGUCUGUAUUACUAGUCACGCACAGAUAAAGUCGAAGACCUAAGUUUUCUCUAAUUUACAGCAGGCCCAAUUUGGCCCAAUUAUCCAGUGAGUGGUAUAGUUUCCUCACCCUGCCCUGUUGAUCCAAAUCCAUCCAGUUUCACAGUGAAGGAGAAAUCAGUAGUUUCGGGAAUAGCAAUGCCAUCCCCACAUGCUGUUCCCAAAUCACACCCAGAGCCAUUGGCUGAGGGAACACAACCAAAAUCUCUUCAUGCUUUGGCUAUUCCUAGCUAUCAGCACAGCUUCUUUAUUAGCCGUAUUUAGGGAAUGAUUACAUGACUGAAAGGAACUGAGUUUUCAUGGGUUGGGAAGCUGCAGUCUGCCCACCGAGCUGCAGUAGCUAACUCUGCCACAUGCCCCAAGCCUGAUGCAAAAUCUUGCUGGUCACUUGCGCUGUUUUGGAUACCCAGCUGAGGAGCAAAGUGGGAUACCUUUAAUGUACUCCUGUGAUUUACUUUGGUGCUGGAACAGCCCAAAGGCACACGAAUAGCUGGUUACUGCAGCUCAGCUGCCGAGUGGUGACUCACUUGCCUGCUUUUAUAUGAACCCAUGGCUUCAAAGUGUCUGGGGGCUACUUGCAGGUGAUGUAGUAUAUGAAAUCAGCAAGCCACGGUAGCGACAUAAAGCCUGCAUCCUGAGAGUCUUAAAUUGGUUAGAGAUCUGAAAAUGGGAUACCUGCAUUUCAGUGGGUUUACUCUUGUUCUGCAUUGGUAUGAAGAACAGCAGACCUGUUUUCAAGACGUAUGCCAAGAAACUGUAGAUGAGGUAAAGAGGAUGAACAUCGCAUGGUGUUUGCUCUAACAGGACAGUCACAUUCCAAGUGAGUGUCCUAAUCCUGUCAACCUCGGUGUUUUUGCUAAUCCCAAAUGGAGCAGUGUUGUGAGAAAAUUCUGCAGAUGGAAAAUCACAUGUAUGCCUGCAACCCUCCAGAGGAGAAAGAGUGAUUCAAAGGCCCUUCUCAGACUACGAAGGGGAGAUGGAGAGCCAGACUUCAGGUGCAAGCUGGAGAGAAGGACUUUGGUGCCAGCAAGACUUCUUUUGAGGUAGUUGAAGCUCAAAAGGUUAUGGAAAUGAGCAGAGCCAGAGUUGGACUAGAAGCAGAGAAAAAGAGUAGUUCAGAGCUGCUAUUUCUCUGCUGGCAGGAUGGGAGAAGAGCAAACUAUAAAAAAGUCCUGAGCCUCGAGCUGGAGAGUUAGAGCAAGAAGGAGGGAAACUUUAUAAGCAUGCUGCUUGUGCCCCAUGUUCAUGCACAUCUCCAAGAAGCUAUCCAAGUGAGUCACAUGGACUGCAGUGCUUCAGGAAGAAUUCCAGGAAAAAAAGGCACGUGGGUCAUCUGGGCCCAUCCAUUACUACAUAUACAGUUAUAUUUCUGUCUGCAACAAAGAAAUGCCUUCACAGAUGAGUACAAAAAGAUACAUGUCUUUCCCAACCCUGAACCUAUGUGCUGGAUGUCUGAAACAACAAGCACCAAAAAAGACAAGAAACACCCUCUGAAUGGGAGAAGAGCUCUACCGUCAAACAACUCCAAUGCUGAAGAAAAUGAGGUCCUUGAAAUGGAGGCUUUUGGGUUGACACCUAGAGGAUUUAAUCCAAAAGAUUACCUGCAAGUUGUGGAUAUCUAUAUGUUCAAGGAACCCCAUGAGAUUAAUAAGCAACAGCACCACACGGACAAGUACUACAGCCCUAAGCUGGUAGUGCGUCGGGGACAGCCUUUCCAAAUCCAGAUUGAUUUCAACCGACCCUACAAGCCAGGAACAGACAAAUUCUGGCUGGAGUAUUUGAUAGGCCGCUAUCCACAGCAAAACAAAGGCACUUACAUCCCAGUCCUAGUAGGUGAUGAGCUGAAACCUGGGGAUUGGGGAGCCAAGGUUACCCACAAGGAGAACAACUCCAUUCGCCUGUCCAUCAUGUCUUCUGCCACCUGCAUUGCUGGAAAGUUUCGCCUGUAUGUUGCUGUCUGGACUCCCUUUGGCAUCCUCCGAACACAGAGAAACUCAGAAACUGAUACUUACAUACUCUUCAAUCCCUGGUGCCAGCAGGAUUCCGUAUUUCUGGAUGAUGAGAAGGAAAGGGAAGAAUUUGUCCUGAAUGAUGUUGGUGUGAUUUUCCAUGGAGACAUCAACGAUAUAAAAUUAAGAAGCUGGAGUUAUGGUCAGUUUGAAGAAAAUGUUCUGGAUGCUUGCCUGUUCUUGAUGGACAAGGCAGAACUGGAGCUCUCUGGGCGUGGAAACCCAAUCAAAAUUUGUCGUGUUGCCUCUGCAGUGAUCAAUUCCAGGGAUGACAGUGGUGUGAUUGCUGGAUCCUGGGACAAUACCUACACUUACGGGGUUGCACCUUCAGCCUGGACAGGAAGUGUGGACAUUCUCUUGGAAUAUUACAGUUCUAAACAACCCGUGAGAUAUGGUCAGUGCUGGGUCUUUGCUGGUGUCUUCAACACAUUUCUGAGGUGCUUGGGAAUACCUGCAAGAGUCAUUACCAACUAUUCUUCUGCCCAUGAUAACAAUGCCAAUUUACAGUUAGACUUCUUUCUGGAUGAAGAAGGGAAAGUGGACACCAAAACUACAAAAGACUCUGUCUGGAACUAUCAUUGUUGGAAUGAAGCUUGGAUGUCCAGACCUGAUCUUCCUGUUGGUUUUGGAGGAUGGCAGGUUGUUGAUGGGACACCCCAAGAAACCAGCGACGGUAUGUACAGAUGUGGCCCUGCUUCAGUUCAAGCCAUUAAACAUGGUCACGUUUGCUUCCAGUUUGAUGCUCCUUUUGUCUUUGCUGAGGUGAACAGUGAUAUUGUUUAUUCAAGAAGGGAAAAAAAUGGAGCCCAAAUGAUUGAAAAAAUUGACAUGACCCACGUUGGGAAGUUGAUUGUGACCAAGGAAAUUGGGGGUGAUGGAAUGAUGGACGUCACUGAAGAGUACAAGUUCCAAGAAGGCUCAGAUGAGGAGAGACUGGCUCUUGAGACUGCUGUGAUGUAUGGCGUUAAAAAGCAAAUUACCCAGGAUACUGUGUACCAGCCACAGACGGAUGUUGAUAUGGACUUCCAUGUGCAAAAGGCAAUCCUUGGCAGUGACUUUAAAGUCACUAUAACUUUCAAGAACAAAAGCCAAAACCGUUACAGCGCUGCUACAUACUUAUCAGGAAACAUAGUGUUUUAUACAGGAGUCGUGAAGAGUGAAUUCAAGAAACACUCUGUCAGCGUGACACUGGAACCCUCCUCAUCUAGUACUUUUGAUGUUGUGAUCAAAUCAAGCGAGUACCUGAGUGAGCUGCUGGAUCAAGCCUCCUUUCAUUUCUUUGUCACGGCACGGAUCAAUGAAACUGGAAAGAUUCUGGCCCUGCAGAAGGCUACAGUACUGGAAAUUCCCACACUGCAUAUCAAGACUCAAGGCGAGGCGGUAGCUGGUAGAGAAAUGUCUGUGAUUGUGGAAUUCACCAACCCUCUGAAACAAACCCUGGAGAACGUCACACUUCACCUCGAGGGACCCAGCGUGCUGAGAACAGUGAAAAAGAUCUUCAGGCAAAUCCCAGCAAAUUCUACAUUGACUUGGGAAGUAAAAUGCACCCCAAAACGACCAGGGUUACGAAAGUUGAUUGCAAGCCUGAAUUGUGAUGCUUUGAGGCAUGUGUAUGGUGAGCUGAACGUCCAGAUUCAGAAAUUAUGAACAAAGGUGCUGUCUUCAUCCUUCAAUUAGAUGUGUUUCAAAAUAUCACAUUAGAUGGAAAAAAGAAAUAGAGAGAUAGAAUUUUAUUAUUUUGGUUAUCCUCAUGCCUACUAAAAUGUGAUAAAGAAAAAUAAUUGGAAACACUGGGGAGAGUUGGAAAAUGCAUCUGGAUCGUGAAUGAUUCAAAAUUAGAUACAAGUAACUAAAGGCAAUUCUAGGUCAUAUUAUUCCUACAGUUCACUUGUAUUUAUGGCACUUUGCACCAGUGCUGGAAGGGAAUCUGAAAGGCUCCAUUCACUAAAGUAGUCUGAACUUUAGUUUUAAUUAAGGUCUGAUAUUUCACUGAAAAAAAAAAAAAGAAGAAGAAACCAGUGUUAUAAAUUCUUAGAGUGAAUUAUACAACCUUACAGUAGAUCAUUCAGGCUGCAAUUAAAAACAGGUAUUUCUAGCUAAAGCGACUGCUUUAUCUUACAGUGUUAGAAUUUUCCAGUUCAUGGAGAGCUCACUUUGCUGGAAGCAUCUCUCAGGAUUUGUUAUCUCCAGAAUAUUCCCAGCUCUCUGUUCCCACUUGCCACUUCAAUAUGUUUUCUCUCUUGCUUUUUCAUGUGUGUCUGCACCCACACAUACUCCUUUAUAUCAUGCCCUCAUCCCACCAUGUAUAAUGCUGUUAAUAUGCUGUUCCUCUCUUUUGCUUGAUGAAAAUCUAGAGUUUGUCAUGCCCCUGCUCAGAGUUGAUGGCAUCAAACUUGCAUUUUCUGGUCACGGUCUGUUGUGGACUGGAGGUUAGUGGGGCAGGCUCGGAUUCUUCUCCUCCCAGCUCCACAGUCCUAACAAAUAUGCUGCACUGACGCUUCCAUUUAGGGGAUAAAUCUAGAUUUAACUGCCUCAGAAAGUGCCCCUGGAAUCACGGCUACUGCAAAAUCAGAUUGUGUUAUGUGUGAACAACUCCCAGGAGGACAGAAGCUCAACUGGAUAAGGAAAAAAACAUGUACCCUGAGAAUCAGAAACUCUACAAGCUGGAUCGGCUUCCUGUCUUGCUUGGACCAUAUUUGUGUGUAAGGUGCAAAGGGGCUGUCCAAGGAAUUGCUUUCCUCCAGAGGCCCCUCUGGCCCAGAGCUGUUCCGGAUAUAUGGUUGCUAUUAGUCUUCCAUGCAGGUCCUCCUCCACCCCAAGGCAUGCACCCAGCCAUGCAGGGCAUUUUUCAUUUUUCAGCUCUCCUGAAAUUCUUCCCAGGAUCUUUUUCUAUAUGAGGCAAAGAUGCAUGUGUUACAUUCACAUGCCCAGCUGCAGUGACCCGCCCACCAGCCAUGGUCUGUAAGAGCCAUAUCCCAUAGUAACAAACAGCACAGGGUAGCUAACUGAGCUUCCAAAGAUGCUAAAAAGAACCUCAUGCUCAUUAAAUGCUAUGACUUUAUUGUGCAGCAUACAGCCAAGUCAUUCUGUGGUCUUGUUAGUGAGAGAGCAAGGGUGAUGACUUGUCCUCUGCUCCUUUUUUUGCCACUCACUGCCUCCUGAAUAACCUGUGACCAGUUGUUAAGUAAGCCAAGAGAGGGGAGGAAUGCAGGCUGCUCUUUUGCUCGAGUAUGUGGAAUAGAGAUUGGCACCACCUCACAAUCUGAAUGAGUAACCCUGGAGCCAGGAAUACGAGGCAGUUUUCCUGCAGGGCUUUCACUUCAGGCAUGGGCACUCACUUGUUUUGCACAGCUUAUGUGACCCAUUAGAAACUCUGCAAUAAUGAAGUCUUGCAAAGAAGUCCUCUGGGACACGUGCAGCCUGUGCUGCACAAUGACAACCUCUGUUAAGUGCUUAUGCAGUUCUUCUAAAGUCUAUAUCAUCUAAUAAGAUUAUCCAUAUUUUGCUCUUGUGUAUGAACCUGCUUUCCAUUCUAGAUUUUUAGUAGCUACAGUGUAAUAGGAAUUUAAAAUAAAGCAUAUCUGAUUGCGCUUACA